GGGCAGCGGGGAGAGAGGAAGAUGGAGGUGCGGGUCGGGGACGGACUCCUGUGGCUGGCCGUACUGUCCAGUCUCUUCCUACAGUCAGCUCUCGGGAAAUACGUCAGAGGCGUCGUCAACACCAAAGAGGAUUGGGUAUUCCUCACACGCUUCUGCUUUCUCACCGAAUUCGGGCGGCUGGAUUUCAGAUUUCGCUAUCCCAAGUCUCGCUGCUGUCAGAACAUACUGCUCUACUUUGAUGACAGUUCUCAGUGGCCAGCAGUUUACAAAAGGCCAGAAAAGAACUGCUACCAGAAGGAAGCAGUGCUUAGGCCUGAAAAUAACCAGGUCAUCAAUCUGACCACCCAUUACACCUGGUCAGGAUGUGUGGUGGAGGGCGAUGGCAACGACGAGGUCCUGAGCUGCGUGGGUGGCCGAAGUUUCCGCUCGGUGAGGGAAAGAUGGUGGUAUAUUGCUCUCAGCAAGUGUGGGGGCGAUGGUUUGCAGCUGGAGUAUGAGAUGAAACUGACCAAUGGACAGUCUUUCUGGACGCAACAUUUCUCUGCAGAUGAGUUUGGAAUUUUGGAGACAGACAUCACAUUUCUGGUCAUCUUCUCCUUGGUGUUCCUUCUCUCCUGUUACUUUGCCUACAAUCUGAAGGGAAGACAACUUCUUCACACUACCUACAAAAUGUUUAUGACGGCAGCAGGUGUGGAGGUGCUCAGCCUGUUGUUCCAUUGUGUCUACUGGGGCCUGUACGCCAGAGAUGGAGUUGGCAACGGCAGUCUGAAAAUACUCGGGAAAUUACUGUUCUCCAUCAGUUUCUUGGUGUUCCUUCUGAUGCUCAUAUUGUUGGGCAAAGGUUUCACUGUCACCAGGGCGAGGAUCAGUCACAGUGGGUCUGUUAAACUGAGUAUCUACAUGACUGUCUACACAAUCACCUACGUCAUCCUCUUCAUCUAUGAGGCUGAGUUCUUUGACCCAGGUGAAGUGCUUUAUGCCUACGACAGUCCAGCAGGCUAUGGUCUGAUGGCUCUGCAACUGGUUGCCUAUGUGUGGUUCUGCUACGCUGUUCUGGUCUCCUUGAAACACUACCCUGAGAAGCAGCCCUUCUACAUCCCUUUCUUCACCACAUACACGCUAUGGUUUUUUGCGGUGCCUGUCAUGGCUCUGAUUGCCAACUUCGGGAUUCCACGUUGGGCUCGGGAGAAGAUUGUGAACGGCAUUCAGCUUGGCAUCCACCUCUAUGCUCACAUAGUCUUCCUUGUUAUUACAAGGCCUUCAGCAGCCAACAAAAACUUCCCGUAUCAUGUUCGGACAUCCCAGAUUGGUAUCCUGCUGUCCAGUCCGAAAGCAGGAGAAGGGGCUGAGAGUUUUCCCCAUCAUGCCUAUGGAAAUAGCUCCUUCGUCGGAGAUUCUCAACCCAACUUUACUGAGCUCUUCUCCAUCCAAUCUGAGCCAGUAAAGACGGUGGAGGAGACAGUGGCUCGUAAAGGGCCAGAUGUGCCAAGGAACAGCGAACAGAAGAUCAUCACCACCACUGCUGAUUUGACUUCCAUAUUACCCCCACCUCCACCUCCAAUCCCCCCACGCCCAGCUUCACGUUCACCUCCGCUGCCACGUCGGCUCCCAUCCUUCACAGAGUAUUUCAGCAUGCAGAGCGGCAACGGAGGAGGAGCAUUUGGAAUGAAGGCGUAAGAUGGAGAGAAGGGAAGGACGGCGGUAGAACAGGGAACUUAAGAAGGCAACAGACGGAAUGACAGGACGAGGUAAAAGCACAGUCGGUCGGUAUAAUUCAAAGUGUUGCUGUUAAAAGACAAAAAGGUCAGCCAAAAAAAGAAAAGGGAAGCAAAAUUGAAAGGACUGAGAAGAGAAAUCACCAUAGAAGUGCUCAUCUCUAAAUGGUCCCUUUUCACCUGUGAACAGGAGUGACCAGAGCCGAGGAGCGAGGGGAAGUGGCUGAGACUCUAGUGCUGAGCUUGUAAAAAAUAAAGAAGCAAUAAAUUUUUGAUGUUGACCAGUAGAAGGCACGCGGCGUGGAAAAUGACAAAGUGGAUGUAGCCAGGGCGAUAGAUUGAUAGCUGUGCACAAUGUGGAAAUGAACAAAAUUCUUGAAAUACUUUAAUUCAAAGAUUCAUGAGGAUUCGGUGGUGUGUCUGAAAGAGCUUGUAAAUAGCUAAAACUGUUGAAAUCUACUGUUCUAUAUAGUUUUAAUUUCAACAGAGAUUUAUUUUCACGUUUUUCCACAUUAUUACACUCUAGCUGACCAUAGAAAAUCUCAUGCCAUUACAUGGAUCAUAGUAAUCUAAGAAAAUACUUUUUUUUUUAUGUUUGACACAUUUUGAUAAAGUAUAGACAUAUUUACUCUAUAGAGAGUCUGUUGGGUUAAUUUAUAUUCUUAUAUGCCUUCAUUGCAGCUGUUUCUUCUGGAGUGAUAUGCUGAUGUUUAACUGUAAAUUGUCACAUUUACUGUGGGCACCUAGAAAUACAGUACUCGUAAAACAUGCAUGUUUGUAUUGUAUUUCACGUCCAAAAAACUGAUAUAUGUACUCCAUGUGACCUUUCAAUAUUUGCUUAUUGUGUGUAUUGAAGUCCAUGCCUUUAUAAAUACAUACAAUAGGCUGCAGAGUAUUUUUGACUGCAGAAUUUGUUGUUAUUCCAGUCAAAACCAUCUUGCACUGAUUGAACUGCAAAAUAAAGCUAUUGUUAUACAGUUGCUGGGUUUAGUUGACUUUUCACUGGAGUGCAGAAUAUGCCUGCUCAAAAUUGUCAUUUCUGUGUAUGUGGACGUUGGUGAAUGUACUGAUGCAAUACAGCACAAGGACAGGGGUGAUUAUCAAGUUACUCAAACACUGCAGUAGAGCUUUGUGAAAUUUUCUUGGCUGCACAUCACUGAUUUAAGAGUAGAUUUUUUUAUUUUAUUAUUUUCAUCUUCAACACAAGUAACUUAAUCUUUACCCUUGUCUUGUAUGUGAUUUUUUUUUUAUUAGUUGGCUUUUUGCACCCCAGUGUUUCUACAGUGCAGAGAGCUGAACAAGUAUUUGCGUUUUUUUUAUCCCCUCAUGUGAGAAAGGAGGAGAAAUUAAAAAAAAAGUUUCUCACAAAUGAACUGAGAAAACAGCAACACAACUGUACAUUUUGUCUGUCCUGCAUGGAGCACUUUAAUGUUCCUGAUCUUAGUCUGUUUAUCUGUAAUGAUGUCACCUUAUAAGACUGUAAAUACAAGCUGAAAAUCUCAUCCAUUUUUCCUGACAUUUUUAGGGAAAAAUUCACACUUGUUUAAAAAAAAAAAACUGGAAAAAGGGAGAAGUGUGUGUGUGUACAUACACACACACAUAUAUAUAUAUAUAUAUAUAUAUAUAUAUAUAUAUAUAUAUAUAUAUAUAUAUAUAUAUAUAAAU